CUCUCUCUUCCCUUGCCUCGGUUCGGCUCUAGAUUGGAAUUGCGAAGCCUGUCGUUGGAGUUCCAUACAGUACAACAACUGUUACCCGUUGGCCCAGGUUCCCUCGGGACCCAGUGGGUGGUGAGGUGAGCCGUCCCCAGAUUUUCCCAGAUUAUCCCAGAUGACCUUACUUUGCGCUUUGGAUUUGUUUUGUCACAGAGUACAAGUUCAAGAGAGAGACUUUUGUAACGUUGCUUUGACAUUCCCUAGGUGUAUACAUACCAGCGCAGACUCCUCGUCUGAACAUAUACCAGAGCCGUCUUCUAUUUACAGGGGUACACCUUGCAGCGCUCUUUCGACCUCGGUAGACUCGAAUUUGGGUAUUCUUACAGGACAAACAAGCACAUCGCGACCACCAUGUCGACCAGCGAAACCACCCACCCCGACCCCAGCGUCGUCCCUCAAACUUCACCGUCAGAAGCCGAAAAGGGUAAUCAGGUCAGUCCGGUCAAGCCUUCAGAAACACCAGCGCGGGCCAAACUCCCUGCCGAUGUCAAAACCACCAUUUCCAAAGUCGACGAGAUCAUUCUGCGUAUUAGCAAACUGAUCAAGACGACCGCUGGUCUCGGCGCCGCCCUCAGCACGCUCAACUACUCAAUCUACGUCGCGGCCUACCUCCACUCGAAAUCCCCCACGCGCGCCGCCAUCAUCUCCUACAUCUCGCGCAUCGUCGGACGCACGUCGAAACUGCCCCCCGUCGGCGGUUCGACGGCGGUGGCGGGGACGUCCUUCCUCACCCCACUGGGCAGCCUCGUCUCCGACACUCGAACCACGCUGCGGCUCACGGGCUUGAUCCCUCUGUACAUAUGGCUCAAGUCGCUGUCCUCGGCCAAGACGAGCGGCCAGAUGGACCCUUCCCUCCGAACCGUCGGCAUCAUCCAGUGCACGGGUUACAUUGUGUUCCAACUCCUCGAAAACAUCUCCCACCUCGCCGGCAAGGGGGUCGUGCCGAUGAGCGUGAUCGAGAAGCGAGGGGGCAUCAGCAAGUGGGUCGCUUGGUCGUGCCGGGCCUGGCUCGUCGGGGUGGCGUGCGACUACCUGCGCCUGUUGCGUGAGAGCCAGCUCGAGGCGGCCAACAAGCAGGCGCUCACCACGCAACAGAAGGAAGCCUGGGACCGCAAGUGGUGGAACGAGUUCAUGGUCGCCACGUACUGGAUGCCAGUGGCCGUGCACUACAGUCUGUACCCCACCGGAAUCAAGGGGUUCAAUUCAGGUAUCGUCGGUCUGUGUGGACUCAUGGCGGGUUUGAAUAAUUUCAGAAACCAAUGGGCUGCGACUGCUUGAGAGAGAGACGGAAACAAUACGCUCAUGGGUUGUAUAUACAAAGGUUUGAACCAUAUAUUUUCCCUCUCUGCACCAAAGGAUGGUUUGCUGCGAAGUGAGGGUUUUGGCAAUUUGAAAAUAACGUCCCUAUGUACAUGCUGAAAGUAUUUUCCUAGAAUAGAGGUACGUUGUCAGACAUCGAAAUGUAUAUAGUUGUACAGGAG